GGCGCCGGCGGCCGCGGAGCUGACAGGAGCCCGCGGCUAUCGGCCUCGGCAGCGGCGCUGUGGCGAGGGCGGCAGCGCUGAGCCGCGGCCGCUCCCGUCACCAAGGCGCUGCCUGGCACAGAAACACAGACAGAGACGGACUGACAGACACACGCAGCGCGGAGCGGCGCGGGCUCGGGGGCCGCCUUUGUAGCUCCUCUCCUCCCUGCACCAUGCUCCGCUCCAGGCAGCACCCGCCCGCUGCUCCCUGAGGGCUGCCAGCCCCGCGCCCGGCUAAGCGGGCGACUGGCACCCGGUUCCUUCCCCCGCCCCCAGUUACCUGAGUUAGCUCCGUCCCGGGCACUUCGGCGGCGCCUCCGCCCUCUCCCGCUGUGGCAGCCCUUGUGCGGCGGAGGAGUGAGCCGCCAGCAGCCGGAGGGACUGCAGCCGCCGCCGGGGGAGACGAGCUCAAGCCCCCGCCCCCGGAGCUCUUCAUGGCGUCUCACCAGCAGACGAGGAUCCAAGCCUACCUGGAGAAGAAUAAGAUCGGUCCCCUCUUCGAGGAGUUGAUGACCAAGCUGAUAACGGAGACACCUGACCAGCCAAUCCCAUUUCUAAUUGAUCAUCUUCAGUCCAAGCAGGGAAACCGUGGUCAGCUUCAGAGAACAUUGUCUGGCUCUGCUGCGCUCUGGGCAGAGAGUGAAACGUCAGAAAAUAAAGGAACAAGAAGAGAUUUUAGAAAUUAUGAUAAGCCUUGGCAGGUAAAUGCAAAAAAGCCUAAAAAGUCAAAGAGCGACCUUGCUGUGUCCAACAUUUCUCCACCAUCACCGGAGUCCAAGUCAUUGCCAAGGUCAAUAGAGCAUCCUAAAUGGGAUUGGAAGACAAAACCGGAGAACCAUGAUUUUGAUGAACUAAAUCAUAUUCUUCAAGAGAGCAAAAAGCUUGGAAAAGCCCUUGAGAAUCUGUCUCGCAGCAUUGCUAUUUCUGAUGAACUCGAUAAGGACACAGCAGGUUUUAACACCCCCCUUCUCAGACCUCGUGUUAUUGGAGAAUGGAUUGGCCGUGAAGAGAAUGAUGCAGACCCUCUGGCUGCUGAGAUGCUGCAGCCACCAAUACCAAGGAAUAAAAAUGAGCAGUGGGACAGCGAGGAUAGCAGCAGUCCUGGAGGAAGCUUAAAAAUGGAGCCAAAGACCAAAGGAUUAAAACAUCAACAGCAGCAACAUAAGAAGCUGCUGGCUGCCAUGCUUUCUCAGGACUCCUUUGAUUCUGCUCAAAGCACAGCUCCAUCUGUAACCGAAGAAGACAUUGACAAUGAAGAUGAUGCAAUGGAACUACUGGAGGAUCUGGAUGAUCUCAGAAUGGAAGGAGUAACAAGUGUGGUGUCUUCUGGGAGCAAAUUCAAUCAAACUCGAAGUGCUCAUACUGCUGAGCCUCAAGCAAAGGUCACAUUGAAUAUAUGUGCAAGAUGUGCCAGAUUGCAAGGGGAUAAUUUGGCAGAAAGGCCAGAAGAUGUCUCCAUGGUAUCUCAGACAUCUGAGCCAGCAGUGUCAGACUCUGAUGCUCAAAUACCUGGGGUUGAAACGCUCACAGAAGAUGUUAAUGAGUUUCAGAGUGCUUCUCAAGUGACAGCAUCUUCUCAGACAGUUUGGACCUUGGAUGCUGUGAGUGUUAGACCUGGAGGUUCCCCAAGGCAGAAACUCCUAAAGGACUCCUUAGCAGCAAAAGAACUUCAGACCAUGGAAAAACACCUAGCUGACAUUGAGAAGGACCUCGCACUGUGGGAAGAAGCAAGGCUCUCAAGAAGCCCUGGUGUCCAGCAUCCCAGUGUAGUUACCUCUGACCACCAAGGCACUCUUCAAGCUGCACAGGGCCCAGCCCCAAGGCCUCAGGUGCCAGCUCCAACAGGGAAGAACGUUCAGCUCCAAGGAAGCAAAUCGCCGCCGCUGCCCACCAACAGCAGAACACAGGUCUCCAGUGUCACAAACAGCAGUGCACAAACCAAGAGGCCAGCAGCUCCAGGGAGCAGACCUAUGACCCCAAAUAGCUUGUUGUCACGGCCUCUUACCCCUAGCAACCAAGGAAAUAGGGAAGGCAUUAUUAGCAUUCAAAGAAGCAGAUCUUUGUCAUCCAAGAGCCAAAUGGGGAGGACCCUCAGUGCUGCUUCAGGGCUUUCUGUGCAAGUGAGUGGAGAUGUUGUUGGAACUGUCACUACUCAGAGAAACAGUUUAUCAGAAGAUGAAUUCUUGCAACAGCUUCAACUUGCUCAUCAACCUUGGAUAUUGCCUAGUGACACAGAAAGUGAAGGAGUGGAAGCUGACCAAGACAAAUGUAAGUAUAUGUGUAAGGACCAGAUAAAAUGUCAAACCCCUCAACUGUACUUCUAUUUUCCAUUUCUUCAAAUACUGUGGAGAUGUCAUGCCUGCUCUCAGGAGCUUUUCUCACAAAUACCAAUAACUUAUUUGUCUGAAGGCUGAACCUUCUAGGACUGAUCUGCAGAAGCUUUCCUGUAGUCACUGAACAAUGACAAAAUGAUGACAGAACACUGUUUACUUAAGCUAAGUGAAACAAUUUGUCCUGAUGUGUUAAAGUAGCUGUUCCAGAAAAUAACAUGAACUUGAAAUAGAUAAUCUGUUUCAUAAAUCUGUAUUUACCAGCAAAAAAAAGCAAAGUAAAAAAACUCCAGGUCUGAAAAGUAGAGCCUCCUUCCUUAGGUGUGACACUCAAUUAUCUGUAUUUUGCUUACAUUCUUUGUAAUUCAUCUGUAUAAAUAAAAGUUCUUAAUCAUACCAGUAAUCCUUAAUAUCAUACACUCUUCAAAGUAUUUGUCUAAUCAUGGAAUAGAGGGUCAGCAGGAUCAGAGCCUAAAUGGCAGAACAAGUAACAGGCUAUAAAUUGCAAUAUUCUCAAAUUGUAGCAAAUUCUCCCUGCCUACAAGGUACCUGUAAAUGAUCUUACUGUUUCACAUUAUCUCUCUUAAUUCACAGUAGUUUUGUGAUCUUCAAGGGUGAAUAUGCAAACUUCUUCCUAAGAUAUUUUAGGUGAUGUACUUGAAAAAGAGCAGAUGAUUUAAUCAACAUGUUUAGAAAACUCAAUCCUGGUUUAAACAUCAAGAGUUAACAUACGAAAAAGAUGUUUUCUUUAUAGAAGGGAACAGUUCUGUAAGGGAUUAAGUAUUCAUAAGAAACAUGCCAGAUAAACAGAUUUUUUUUUUUAAUUAUGCCACUUUAAAUAAUUGUUUUGUACUCAUACAUCAGUUUCACAAAUUCAUACAUAUCCCAGAGUUUGACUAAAAUUUAAAUUUACACAGUGAGAUCCUAAAGAGCAUGUGCAGGUCUUUUUGAACACUAGUAAAAUGUUACAAUGAGAUUCUGUGCAUCCAUCUGAUUUUAGUCCAAGGCUGUAAGUCCAAUUUGACUUGCACCAGAGCCUUUCAGUUGCCUUUGAGCUGAAGCUCACCUUAGGUGGCUCAAGAGAGACGCUGGGACCUGCCUUUUAUGUCUAUGCAAUUUUUCCUCAGUAUUUUCUGUAAUGAAUUUGCAGUCCCACAAACAUUGGUAGGACUGGCUGUGAACACACAGUGUGUGUGACCAGGAAAACUGCUGCUCCAGGACAUAUCAGAUGCACACCAUGGUCUUGUGUAGCUGCUGUACUGGAAUUGUGUGGGUGUGAGGACUUGUGAGCACCCAAAAUCUUGUGCUAUAAUAUUCCAAGAAUAUUACAGGUCAUUGCAAUUGCCCAAAAAACAAAGUGGCAAGUUAAAUAUUAAAAGCAUGUUGUUAAGGUCAAUGUCCAAAAGCCUCUUCAGCAGUGACAGACUUGAGCAAUUGACCAUCUCCCUCAGAAGCCUGUUCAGUCUUCACCCUCUCAGUAAAGGAAUGCUCCUGAUGUCAGUCUGAAUCUCUCCUGGCACAGCUUUGAGCCAUUACUUUGGCUCAAAGUGUUCUGUCACUGAAUACCAGGGAGAAGAGAUCAGGGCCUCUCUCUCCACAUGCCUUCCUCAGGAAGCUGUGAAGUCAAUCCUCAGCUUCAUUUUCUCCAAACUAGACAAGCCCAAAUCCUUAGCUGCUCCUCACAGGUCAUUCCUUCACCAGCUUUGUUGCUCUUAUCUGGACCCACUCAAGGGCCUUCACGUCCUUCUUAAAUUGUGGUGCCCAGAACGGCACACAGUGCUCGAGGUGAGGCUGCACCAGUGCCCUACACAGUGGGACAGUCACCUUUCCUGAGCAGCUGGUGGUUCUGUAUUUGAUGCACCCCAGGAUGGGCUUUGU